ACACUGUGCUGAAUGUAUUUAUAGUUACUGUUUGUAAUCAUAUGUCACGUGCUUACUGCACGGUCCACCUCGCUUAACGAUUCUUCGUAUGUCUCCAGGCAGUGAUCUUCCGCUUUUCUUUUUCUCCCGCCAUCUUACCUCAUGACUUUCAAGCUGCACUUCUGCUCAGUGCAGAAGUGCUACUUAAGCUUUAACUAUCAGAUGUGAUGUGUAUUGUCUUGUAAUCGCCCUUGCUCAAAGCACUAUGUCUCCUGCACCUGUCGCUGCCUCUCUGCAGCAGGAUCCACAACUUCAGACCCUGGCGAAAGCUUUCGAAGCUCUUUUGCUAACCACUCAGCAAUUUAUCUGCAAGGAGAAUAUCUUGCAACAGAAGCUGGAAUAUGCUUAUGAUGAGUAUAUGAAGCUCGCAGGUCGACUUCCCGGCGGUCUUGACACUCAUGCCAAGAUCGUCUCAGAAAGGAUUCGCGGUCACUCCUCCGAAUUCGGGAACCAAAAAUCUGCGUCUUUUAGUCCUCCCGAUGUAGUAAGAGCACUAGCAGAGUCUUGCAAUGUAGGCGACCAGACUCUCAAACCAAUAGCGGACGGGGUGGUGUGUUACAAAUCUGUCCUGAAUUCACAGAGUGACCCCGAGCCCAAUCCAUGUCUUGUUGCCACUAGGGCCGGAGCUCCUGGCUCUUUAGAAAAAGACUUCACCACCAAAGGCACUCAGGGAAAUCUGCACUGCCCAUUCGCAAAGUCUAAGAAUAUGACGUCUAAUGAUAAUGGGGUGGCUAAUGUGAUUGAGAAUCCUUUCAACAUCCAGAAUGAUGACACGUGUGGACACGAAAGUUUAGACCCAAUAAAGGCUGAACGAAAUGAUAGGCGUUCUAGUCAGACUCCUUCGGUGAGGACAUCGACCACCCAAUGUCCUGUUGCUCGGUGCCCUAUUAGAUACCUAGACCAGCAUAGCCCGGAAGAAAUUGCCGACUAUGUUGAAAGGCACAAACACGAAAUACCCCGAAGUCAUGCAAUUUGUGUCCAGCGUUAUCAGAAGGAUUCCCAUAGCAUGCGGCAUCUAGAUGCAAAGUAUGGUAGUCUCAUUAAUAUGAUUCGAGGGUUAUCCGUCAAACAUCAAGCGUUCCUUCCGAACCGUGGUAAUAGCGGCGCGCCAACCUCCAGUUCCUCUGCCGAACGAGUGGAAAAGUGGGCAGAAGAGGUUGGCAUAAAUCCGGAGAUGCAGCCCUCUAUUAAAGAGGGCGAGACAGAGAACGACAAUGGGAGGGAGGGCCGCUUUGACCGUCCGCUACGCGAGGUCCGCGUUGGUGAAUCUCCAAGCAGGCCUUGGGGAAUUCCUGUCCCGAUGCCCUUGCCUCCUUCAGCAUCGCCUCCACUUUCUCCUCCACCGGCCGCGGCAAUUCCUGAGAACUUGAAGAAGCCCUCGGAGGAAGAGGCUAUCGGAGUCUCUGCCAUUCCGCCCCGUGACUCUACGGUACCCAAAUCUGGUCGUUGUCCUUUCGGCCAUGGCGCAGCUCCAGCCGUCAAUACAGCACCGGAGACAGAGACCAUUCGCGAUUAUGGGAAGAAGAACGGAACCAUUGACACUGCGGAGCAGGAUUUUGGAGAACAUACACACGCUCAUCCUCCCCCAACCAGCUCGCCGGCCAGUAUCGUAUUCAACGGUCCUGUAUUCUUUGGCUUUUCCCCAGAGCAAACUUCUUCUUUCUUGCAGCAAUUGGGAUCUCAUAUCAAUAAACAGUGAUAUCCAUGGAUCGUGCCUUGUAACUGUUGCUGACGUUCACCUAUGUUUCAUGUCCUUGCUGUGAUGAAUGUGAUGACGACGCCAUGACUAUCAGGACAUAUCUGCCACCUCAUCGGCCUUAUGUGCCUACAUAUCCUGAGUGUAUAUACCAGUGGAAU